UGACCAAAUCGACUGUGCAGAAGAACAUCAUGGCGAAACGACUCCCAUACAGAGUUGUCGCUCUUUCCUCAUUCAUGAUGCGUAGUGAGAGAGUCACUGUAUGAAAUUAUUUUAUUAAAAUCAAUGAUAUAUGACCUGCUAAACUCUAUGCUUUUGUCAAAAAGAUAAAAUAAAGUUAUAAACCCCAAGCUUACAAUGAAAUAUGUUAUCUAAUAAAAUGUUUUAUCUGGGAAUACCAUGUAGCCUCGCUAUCGAUCGACGAGCAUGUCACGAGAGUGACGUCAUUCGUUUUGCUAUGGAGUGAGAAAAUCCCACAGGAAAAUUGAGGUUGUUCGAUAAAUUUUGAUGUGUUUUCUCUUUGUACGACUAAGUAUGCAAUGUUAGCAUAUUAUAGAAUGUAUUUCCUUCAAUUUCCUUUCGGUUUCUAAUCGAAAAAUACGAAAUGCAAGAAGGACGCUAGGAGAUCUCGGAGGACACUUUCGGGAUGCCACGUAGAAAAUCGCUUGGUGUUGAAACAUUGAUAGACCAUGGUGAGACAGAAGGGGGACAACCAACAGAAAGUCUAUCAGUGGGAGAAAAGGGAGACAAUUUAGCAGAUCAGGAGAGUAAUGAAAAAGAUGAAGAUGAGGAAGAAGAUGAUGAUGGGACACCCGAGACCAAAAAACUCAAACUUCACUCUGAAGACCAGGGCGAUGAUACAGUAUUUGAACAGACACAGGAGGAAUUGUCCAGUGACACAGCAUCCCCUGUACCAGGGAGUGGCAAGGGGGAUAACUUCUCUACUGCUGGUACCAAAAUAGUGGAAACCCCACCAGUGGUUCCUGCAGUAGAGACAAUCUCACAGUUGGAGAAGCGUAACUUGUCACUGGAGGCUUUAUGUGAGGUUGGAUCAUCUGAACUUCAGAACAUUCAGCGACAAGGAUCCCCCGGCACACCCCAGACACACGAAUCAGCAUCAACCCCACCCCCCUCCACCAGUUCACAGGAAAGUAACUCCGAAGCAGGCUCCUCAAAGAUCAAGGUGGUAAACCCAGAGGAUAUCCGAAAGCGUAAGCACCCUGCCAAACCUGGUAAACACAUUUGCUCUUUCUGUGGAAGGGGAUGUGCUAAACCCAGCGUGCUUCAGAAACAUCUCCGAGCUCACACAGGGGAACGGCCAUUCCCUUGUCUGGAUUGUGGAUUCGCUUUCAAAACCAAAAGUAACUUGUACAAGCACUGCAAGUCAAGGUCACAUGCACUAAAAGCCAAACUUGGCAGAAAAAGUCUACCAAAGUGGCCUAGUCAAGAGGAAAUGGAGGCAGAAGAUAUAGAUGAAUCAGAGGAGGAUGAAGAAGGACUGAAUGAAAGCCAGUCUAGCACAGACACAGCAGAGAGAGAUGAAAGUUCCCUGACUCCAAAUGAAGCGGAACAGAUUUCUUUGCUGAAUGACAUGUCAAAGUUUCUAAAGAAAGCUGACUCGGAUCCAACUGAAUCUCAUACUGUACAGAGAGAGGAUAGCUUUGAAAACCGUGAACAAGCUCCUGUGCAUGUUUUACAGGAGGUAGCAAAGUAUCUGGAGAAACCUAAGGCAGAGCGACCAAGGAUAGAGGUUCCAUCCUGGAAAAGCGAUGCCAGACCUAGAUUUGAAACGAGAAUGCGGAAUUUGAAUUUAGACUUUGAACCUGCAAAAAACACUGGACCAGUCGGAAAAAGACCAGGAGUUGUGGAUGAACAGAAAUUAAAUUCAGCACAAAGUCAGUUUAUAACUAUUGCUCCCAAGAAAGAUCUGCUGUCUGUUAAAGGAUCAGAGAGCACGGAUCAACUCACCACAGUUCACAGAAUGGGAAGUGGAGGGUCAGUAACAGUUCACAGACUCCUUCUGCCAUUGGCUUUCCAAAAUGUUGAGGCUUCCACUGCACCAUCCAUCAAUACAUCCAUAAGCAACAUAGAAGCAGAAAAGAUGAUCGCCAUUGAUAAUGGAGCGGGGGCUGUGGAAGUGAUCAGAUUACCUCAUCCUAACACUGACCCAGGAAUGGCUAACAAGGUACUGAGAGAGCUGGAGGAGUUAAGUGACAGAGUCCAGCAGUCCAGUGCCUCAGACGUCCAGCUGGUCCCAGCAGUUAUGGAACUCCAGGACGGAACGUGUCAAGUGUCGGUCAAGGCCAUCCCCGCCCGUGAGGCCCAUGGACCCCUGGUCAGGUCGUUCUCACAGCCGGCCGGUGACCUACAGACAAAGAGCCAGAGUGAAUCAAAGGUAGAUAUGGAGAAAGUCAAAGAGAGAAUUCAGAAUCUGAUAUCCAGCAAUGCGGCUAUUGUGAAAAGUCCCUUGUUUGAAUAUAAGCGAUUGUAUAGACAGAGUAGUGAAUCUAAGGGUACCAUUACGAAGCCUAGUACAGUGCUACUUCAGAAGUUUGAAAACAACAGCAUUGAGAAUUCUGUUUCCUCAACAGAGACUGGUGUUACAACAAGAACUGUGUCAAAGGCAGAGAGUUUAGAUAAAGUGGUUUCAACAUCUGUUCCCUCAUUAGUUAACAAUGAAAUGAGAAGAACAUCUUCAGAGGGUAAAUCAGAAGCUAGUGCUACCAGACGUCUUGUUAGACAGUCUGCCCUCUCCUCAAGUGUAGAUUUAGAUUCAAAGACUCAGGUCAGCCUAGGAAAUCAGUUACCAGUGCUGACGAUUUCUAAUGAAGUCCUGAAGCAGAUAGCUGAAGCCAAUAAAUCUGGGACUCCAAAACCGGAUUCCAAGGGGGCAAUCAGAACUCAAGAAAUUGCUUCCAAAACAGUGACUGCCUUAGACAAAGAAAUUACCAUCAAGCUACAGUUGGAGAACCCUGCUCCACCUAAAACCGUGAAGCAAGAAAACGAAGCAGCUGACGGCCAGUCUAAAGCAAUUAAGGAUAAAAUUCGGGAAGUUAUUAAGGCUCGUGAUAUUCCACCUGUCCAAAAGUCUAAGUCAGAAACACAAAUCAACAUCUGUGAGAAAGAGGAACUUGGAAAUACUACUCCAAUAACAUUAACAGAGUCCUCAAAAUCUUCCACUUUGAAAAAAGAGCAGUUCAUAUGCAGUUUCUGCAAGACUGCAUUCUACAAGAAAGAGACAUUAGAUUUACAUAUGGCUUACUAUUGUAAAUUUAUAAAAGCUCAUGAUUCCAUAGACAGAUCCAAGGUACUGCAAAUUUUUCAAAAACAGGAGAGUGAAAAGAAACCAGUAGAAGGUUUAGUAAAAAGACAAAUAUCUCUGCCUGUUAUACAGUUCCCUAAACAGUCGUCUGCUCCGGCAACCACUAAGACCAGUAUAAUCAUCAGGUCUGAGGGUGUGGGUGUAAUUAAAUCUCCAGACACUGGAAUAUCAAAACAGCUCAGUAUCCCAGCUCAGUUUUCUAGAGGUGUCUUGAAUGUUCCAGCUAAUGGAAGCCUUCCCUCUUCAGUGGAAAAUCUUAAUAAAAAGGGAAGACCCAGACUUAAUGAAAGACAACCAAGAAAUUCUGUGCCAUCUGCUCAGACACCCCAGAGUCCAAUACCAAUCAGCAUUUAUCCUUUAAGUCAACUGCCUGGUAUUUUGCCUACACAGUCAGUGCCACAGCUACAGAUAGCACUAGGUGGAGGCCCACAGGUAAAAACAGUCCAGACAGUUCCUCAGGUGUCAGUUAUAACGAGUCAGAAGAGCAUCUCAUCCCUUACAAAGGCCCCACCACCUGUGUCAUAUUCAGUGAUGACCUUAAGUUCAGCAUCAACACCCAAGGUUGCAGAUGCUCAGCCAGUAGCCAUUCAGAAUGUGAUGUCUGUGAAAAGUUUAAACCCCACUGAAAGCAGGAAAGGACAGCAAGAAGUCAUUGUUAAAAAACAACCAUCAUCUUCUGCUACAGCCAGUGAUCUUCACAGUAUGAUUCAGGUACAGAUAGUGGGACCAGUGGGAAGUGAUUUAUACUGGAAAGAAUUGCCAGGAAAGACAGCCAUGGUGCAUCCUGCUGGGAGAGUAAAAGUUGGUGAACCUUUACAACCAAACAUUAAUGUUGCUCAAAAACAAUUGGAUACUAAACUCAAAGACAAACAUUUGAUUCAUUCAUCAUCAGACUCAUCAGAGCAUUCCUCGCCUCAUGUUCUAAAUGAAGAUCUCAAAGAAAAACUGAAAGGAAAAUUACUCAUGAAAAGAUCACUUAGUUUAGACCCCAAAGUAUUGCAGUCAUCAAUAUCCCCAAUGUUGUUUAGAGAAGAUCCUGAAGGUCCAGCAAGCAAGAAGAUCAAACUGGUUUCCAUCCAGACACCACUGAAGCAUGAGGACUUGAUUCCAUCCACACAGUCGGCUUCAUCGGAUGUGAUCCUUGAGCCGGAUAGUAAAGCCUGGAGAAUCAAGACUCUCUCCAUACCAGUGGUGAGGGCUCAGCCCAUGUAUCACUUGUCUCAAAUGGUCAGCCAUCUCAUGUUCAGAGAGAAAAGUAGUCAGUCAAGCGAGACCUCAGACUUUCCACCUGAACAGAAUUUAGCAAUGAUGGACAGCAACAAAUGCAUCUCAGCUACUGCUAGUGGCUCACAAGUUCCAGAGAAAAGUCCUACUGUGUCAGUCCCACUGAUAUUGUAUGGUCAUAACUACCCCUCUCUCAGGAUGUCAACACAAGUGUCAUUCUGUUGUAUUUCUAGGCCCCAGCCUAUGUAUGUUCCAUUCAGAUCCACCAAAAAGAUUUCCAUGUAUUCAAACUGGAAGGUAUCAGGUCACAAUACAAAUCCCAUAGGGCUCACUCCAAAGAUGCUGUUGUCUCUGUACAAAUCUGAUACUAACAAAGACCCAGGUUAUGUAAUGUCAUCAAAUCAGGCUUCCAAAGGUGGGAUGUUAACACACAGUAGUUACUGGACCUACAAAGAGAAGAAGGCCAUGCCUAUUGAAAAGAAACUGGAAAUAAAGAAAGAAACAGAUACAACCAAACCCAUAUCAAGCACCAAGAUCUCUACCCCAAAGAAAGUGACAGGGGGCGUGAAAUCCUUGGAUCCCUAUGUAUAUGUCAGAGGAAGAGGCAGAGGGAAGUAUAUUUGCAAUGAGUGUGGAAUUCGCUGUAAGAAACCCAGCAUGUUGAAGAAGCACAUACGAUCCCACACCAAUCUUCGGCCAUACGUCUGCUGUCACUGCCACUUCUCCUUCAACAAAGGCAACCUGACCAAGCACAUGAAGUCCAAGUCUCACCACAAGAGGUGUAUAGAGCUGGGGAUACUGCCUGUGCCGACCCAGGUGGACGAGUGUCAGAUUGAUCAGGAGAUGCUGAAGGCUCAGUGUGACCUGUCCAGGAAGGCGCGAAUCGUGCUGAAGGACGGAGCCUCUAUGUCGCUAGACCUAGACGAGAUCGACUCAGAGAGUGAUGAUGAAGAGGAGGAAGAAUCUAUGGACCAAGAUAGCAUGGACAUCAGUGACAGUCAGCAGGAAGCCCCAGAGGUUGUCACGGAGAUGGAGGUCACUACGGAGGACAGGGUCACCUCAGAGAAAGAGGUCAUACAGGAAGUCAAUAGUCCUGGCUCCAGUUUAGGGAGCUUAGAAAGAGGCCUCCUUGGAUCCACCCCUGUGAUUUGUUCUCUAGUACAGCCACACCAGAGUAUACCACAGUCACUGAGAAACCCUGGCCAACCAAUAGUAGCCAUUGUACAUCAGAAGGAGGAGGGGACAUCAGAACAUCCAGCCAGUACCGGUCAGCAGGUCAUCCAUAUUGUGGAGGACACCAGCAGUGAACCAGCAAGUCUGGGAACAAUAUAUGGGUUUCCUGCAGGAGUGUCAUCUGUUGAAGAAAGCCCAUCAUCCAGUGUAGUGGAAAUCACAGAGGUGUACAUUUCAGAAGGAGAUCCAAAGUUAGGCUUCUUACUAGAGGAACUACGUAAGCAUGAAGCAGUGUUAAAAGAAGGAAAUCAGGACUCGGUACCUCCUGAGGAUUCUUGUGAGAAGAAGCCAAUUGAAAAUGGAACAACUUCUGAGAAAAACAAUAUUAAGAAACCUUAUAAAAAUAUUGACAUGACUGAAAGAACAAAUCUUGAUUCUGAAGUUUGUGAUGCAGAAAAACCUGUGGAAUCCAUGAAUCCAGAGAUUACAACUAAUGCUAAAGAGAUUAAUAUCACUAAAACACCAGGAUCAGGUGUUAGCAGAGAGGAAAAGAAGAACAAAGUGGAGUCACCUAAACAACUGGAAUUUUCUAUUCCACUGGGUGGUUUCAUGCCCCCAUUGGCUUAUUUCAAACAACCCAAACAGACCACGAAUUCUGGCCCAAUCAUUGGUCAGCUCAUCAGGCAACGGCCCAUGACGUUACAGUUGAGUAGCACGGUCAAGACCCCCACUGGUCAGCCCACUCCCCUGAGUCAGGCCACUCCUGUUUUUGCUCCAUUCCAAUUUCAACAUCCAUUCAUGGAAAAACAUGACUCCCAGGAAGUUUUCACUGUGCAUAGCACUGAAAGUGGUGUGAAAACAGAAGACUCCUUUGCGCAAAGCAAGAUCUCUUCAAUUCAAGAUGGAGAGGAGAAAUUAAAAGUUUUGAACAUUGAUGAUCAAAAUGAGGAUAACUACCCCAGUUACAUAAUCAUUGAGAAUUCAGAUGAAGACAGUGUGAUACAUGUGACUUCUGCAGAGGGGGCAAAUGAACAAGUGUUGUAUCAGUGUCAGUUUUGUGAUGGGUUAUUAGAACCCGAACACAUUCUGGAUCAUCUCAAAACCCACAAAAUGGAACAUCUCUUCAGCUGUGAAACAUGUGGGGUGGACUUUCCUUCCAGGGAGAAAUUAGAGAACCAUAGCCAUGAGAAAUGUGAAAGUGUGAAGAGUUACUCGGUGAAGUGUGACUUGUGUCUGUUGACCUUUGACUCCAGGGAGGAAUUGUCAGAACACUUUAAAACAAAGACGCAUAUAGAUAAACUAGAAGGACUGGGAGUGGUCCCCAAAGGGACCUUCUCAAACCUUGAAAGAAAUAUUGAAUCUUUAACAACUUCAGACCACAGUGAGUUCAUUCAACUUCUCAAAAACAAGAUUGAAAACCACAGGAAGGCUUCUUCACCAGUGGAAAUGACAGUGGAUGUCAAGGAAAUGACCUCAGAAAGGUCACAGAGUCCUGCACAGUUUCAGGGACCGUCUCAAUAUGAGAAAAGUCGAGCAGCCUCCAAUGAUAAGGUGACAGUAGAGAUUAAGCAUGAGAGCAGUGACUUCUGUCAGAUUAGAAGCUCCAGCCCGGGGGACUACCCCCCAGAGCGGGGGACGUCCCCUAACAUGCCACAUCUCUGUGAGAUAUGUAGAAGGGGAUUCAUCAAUCUAGACCAUCUCAAGGCCCACCUUGUCAGCCAUGCGGAGAUCAGACCCUAUGUGUGUGAAUACUGUGAUGCUGGAUUUACCAACAGUCAGUCCCUCAAGACGCACCUAUUGUCCCAUGCACAGGAGCGACCCUAUGUGUGUGGUUAUUGUGGUCAAACAUUCCCUAUAUCCUCGGACCUGAAAAAGCACACAGAAGUUUUUCACAAGACAUCUAUCUCUUUCUCCAGAGAAAUGACAACAGAGGCGGAAUCUACUGACAUUAAAAGCAGUAUGCCAACCAGCAGUAGUGUAGUUUCAAUUUCAUUGACUACAAGCCAAGCUGGGGAUCAAUCUAGGUCACCCAAAGCCAAGGGAAAUAACUCUUAAACAGACUAAAUUACCCGGAGAGAAGGAUUUUGGGGUAUUGUACAUGUUGGAAAAUAGCUUGUUUAUGUCUUUCAAGAAGGAAUCUAGAAGAUUGUAGUUAUAAAUUAAUUUUGGUAUUGCAUCCCAAGUGUAUACGGUUGCAAUAUUAUUUUAGUUCAACAGUAAAACCAAGCUUAGGGCAAAACAUUUCUGUUCUUAUAUAAAAUUAAACAAAAAUUGUGCAUUCAACAUUUUAUGCGCAGUUUUUAAGAAUGUGCCAUAUAUGUGAUGAAUAUUUUAAAAAAAUCUAAAGUGCUUAUUUUGUUAGUUACCUGGGACACUCAGGUGACCUAUUGCUAUUUGUUUUUGUCACUUCAGUUUGAAAUGAUUCAAUAGUUCAUGUGCGAUUAUUUGGAAACUUUUAAACGUGUGUUUUAGGUUCUUUUCUGAAACUAGUCAACAUUUUUAAUCAAGAAAUAAGUUUGUGCAUUUAAAAUUAUAGAGAAAAAAGCAUAUGUUAAAGCUCCCUCUAGUUGAAUCUGUAAAUUUUUUUGCAAUUUUUUUAGGGGGGGGGGGUUGAAAAAUGCAUAAAUGCAUUACCUAACUUAAAUUGUUCUUACCAGAUAUUCAGCAAUUUUUGCAUUUUCAUAUUCAUCAUUGGGCUUUUUGCUUACUAGGUGUCAUUUGUGUUAGAAAUAAAGGUGAAGAUAGUAUGUGAAAAUAAGAUAUAGGUAUAUGUAACACUAUUUGCUUGAUACUCAGGUGACUGUCAAGGCUCAUAGGCAUCUUGUUUAUUUAUUACAAAAAAUCAAUAAUAUGGUGUCAAAAGUUGGUAGUACAACAUGUACAGAUGAAAGUAAGAAAAAACUAAUUUUUUUGUAUUUUGCAGAAAUCCUAUUGUUAUAAAUUAUGUUAUAUUUGUAUAAAUGGUUGAUUUUAACAUUUUUUAGCUCACCUCAACGAAGUUGGGGGAGCUUAUGUAAUACCCUCGGCGUCGGUGUCGGUGUCGGCGUUGGCGUCCCAGGUUAAGUUUUUUGGAGCAGUUUUCUUUUUAAGUACUUCUAUGUCCUAUAUUGAUUAGACAUGCAUGGAAGAUGGUUCUAGUGUGUUUCAUUGUACCAGUCAAAGUUUCAGAUGCUGCAAUUUCAGCAAAGAAAUGACCAGGUUAAUGUUUUUGGAGCAGGUUAACAUUUUUGGUGCAGUUUUUGGUGUGGGUUUCAUUUCCAAGUAACUAUAAGCCCUAUGUUGACCAAACUUGCAUGGAUGGUACAUCUAAGGAUGCAUACUACCGGGCUUGCUUCGGAUGCUGAAUCUGACCUACAUUUUCCGGUUGAGUGAACAGGUUAAAGUUUUUGGUGUAGGUUUCAUUUCCAAGUAACUAUAAGCCCUUUGUUGACCAAACUUGCAUGGAUGAUACAUCUAAGGAUGCAUACUACCAGGCUUGCUUCGGAUGCUGAAUCUGACCUACAUUUUCCGGUUGAGUGAACAGGUUAAAGUUUUUGGUGCAGGUUUUAUUUCCAAGUAACUAUAAGCCCUAUGUUGACCAAACUUGCAUGGAUGAUACAUCUAAGGAUGCAUACUACCAGGCUUGCUUCGGAUGCUGAAUCUGACCUACAUUUUCCGGUUGAGUGAACAGGUUGAAGUUUUUGGUGUAGGUUUCAUUUCCAAGUAACUAUAAGCCCUAUGUUGACCAAACUUGCAUGGAUGAUACAUCUAAGGAUGCAUACUACCAGGCUUGCUUCGGAUGCUGAAUCUGACCUACAUUUUCUGGUUGAGUGAAUGGGUUAAAGUUUUUCAUGAGUGAUUCAUUUCCAAGUAACUAUGAGUUCUUUAAUGACCAAACUUGCACGGAUGAUACAUCUUAGGAUGCACACUAAUGGACUUGCUUCGGAUGCUGAAUUCGACGUACAUUUUUCAGAUAAUAGACCAGGUAAAAGUUAUGGGUGCAGGUCUAUUACCAAAAAACUAUAAGGCUUAUAUAACAUUGUAUAAACCAAACUUGCACAAAUGUUGCAUCAAGAGAUGAAAAAUCUCAAAUUUGCUUCAGAUGCUGGAUUUUGAUUACAUUUUCAUGAAGAAGAACUAGUUUAAAUUUUUUAUGUAGGUCUAUUUCAAAGUAUCAGAUUAAAAUUGCUUAAAUAUUUUCAUUUUUGGAAUGUGCACUUUUUGUUGGUUAAUUGUGUGACUUUGCCUUACUUAAAGACAACAUUCGUUGAGGUGAGCUCUGUAAUCUCUGAUUACCUAUGUUUUUUUUUUGGAUCUUAUAUUUCAUAAAUAUAAGGAUUAUGUUUUAUUAUUACAUGUAACAUUUCCAUGCUUUGCCAUGUAUAUUACUGCCAGGAAAGGUGUUUUUUGAUUCCCCUCCAACAUCACCCGCCCCCACCUCCAACCCCAAACCAGUCAGUCCAUCCCAUUCUAUGUUUUACUCUCUCUCAAAGAAACCAUUUAAAGUAAUUGCGUGAUUUACUUCAAACUGAUUGUUGAUACCGUUGAUACUGUUUAUAGCAUCCCAACACUGAACAGCGUCCAGAAUUUUACCAUUUUAAUCAUCAUACAUCUUUUUUUUUUUCUAAUUCAAAAUUUAUUUUAGAUUCCUUGAAUUCAUUCAAAUAACUUCACAAACAGAUAUAAGCAGCCAGAGAUUACUGACACUAAUUUCUCCUUUGACCUUAAAGUAACACAAUGUAAUUUAUAGUUUAGUUUUAAAAAAUCAACCUUUCAUAGAAAACUGCCACUCAGCUAUUUCUAAUUAUUUUUUUUAAGAUUAACUUUUUUUUUUACAUUACCCAAGAAACAACAGGUCUUCAUUUUUCAUAUAAUAUUGUAUUAUUUAUAUAUACCAUGGCAUAAAAUUACAUGUACAAUGUACAAUAGUUUAUACAGUAUAUGGCAUCAUUGCUUUAUUGCAUAUU